GUGGCCCAUAAACGCACUGCUGUAAAUGAAUUGCCAUUAUUUCUUUCCGAACCUUUGUUCCUCCCCAACGUUGAUCACAGUGACGAAGAUAACAGCGACGACGAAAACGGCACAGCGACGACAUGACGGCGCUCGUCUCGACGUCUGUCCCACAGUACAUACCUUCUGUACAAAAAUCCAGAAAUAAAGUACGCGAUCAGAGCGUCUCUCCAAUAUCCACAGGAUGUCGCACAUCCCACUAUCAAACUCCCCCAAAGCUCAGGGUGUCAUCUGAGCAUCUGUCACCAAUGUUGACACCGUCUCCUCUUAGACGACGACCAUUGUUUCCAGCAGAUGCCAGAUAUAAAGCAGAUGCUCCUGCUCAGAAGCAGGAUCACGACGACAGCGAUAUCUUCUUACAAUCUCCAUUCAAAUCACCCCCUGUAAUGCACCGUCUAUACCCCGUCCCACAUCCUAAACCAAUCAUGUUAGAUGACGAUGAAGCGACCCUCUUCCUAUCUUCGUCGUCCGCAGUACCUUCUCCUUUCUUUCAUCACACGUCCACUCAGCCAUUGCGUACGCCAGUCAAGGAUUCGCAUCGUUCCAUACUAGCUGCCAAGCAGCUCAAUUCGCAGCCUGCGCAUCGUGUGGGCGUAGGUACCAAACGCAAAUCGGCGCAAUCCGGCGGUGGCGACUUCUCUACGCCUUUGCGUCCUGUCUCAUCAGCCACGUGCACCCCUCUUAACAUCUCUGCUCCGAAACCCGACCCUUCAUCUGGUAUCGCUUUUCAUCGUCUUGCACCUCUGCCAGCACCUCGCUUUACACCCCAGCCAAAGAGUAAAACUGACACUGACGCAUUUCUGAGGAAACAGGCAGAUACAAUGAAGCGGCUGCGCAUUCGAGAUCCUGUUGACUCAGAUGAGGACUGGGGCAUCAUAGAAGAUGAAGACUCCGACGGAGAACCUAUACAAAGGCUACCUACGGUCCGCAAAUGCAAAUCGCGGUCCAUUAGCCCGAAAAAAUCUCUCCUUAUCAAUGCUGCGCCAGUGCCACAGAAAGGUAGCUCAAGGGAUGAAGUCACUGAAGCUAUCUCUCCAGGAGGGCAUAUUAUUAAGCGGCGGGCACGUUCAAGGCCCGUUUCCAUUGAACUCCUCGAGAGUGUGAACCAUACACAGUCACCCAAGCCUGAAUGUUCCAACACGAAGCCUGUGCCGAUAACAUUUCCUUCGGUAUCUCGCGAUCGCAAUCGGCCCACUUCCUUUGUUGGUUCGCCUUCUCCUGUACCACGAAGACGACUCACAGGGUCCAGCGGUCCCAAUCCUUUCCUCUCCGACCCUCCAUCCCGCCUCAAUUUGCAUUCCCAGCCCCGCCCUCGUCCUUUUGCCCGAAUGGCAUCCAAUAAUUCGGCUACCCUCUUCUUCGGUCCCUCAAUUCCUCAAUCUGCGCAGUGCCCACGCAAGCGAACUAAUUCUUCCGUCGGUGCAACCCUGGAUCUGUGUACACAGUCCCGUCUCAGCCCGUCGAAUCGACAUAGCUAUGCAGGUCCAGACUCGGCUAGUUUCUCCGUUGCCCCAAUGCCAUGGACAUUGCGGUCAGGUUUAGAUACGCCUUCACCAAACUCUUCGCCUCUGAAUGAUGGUCCAGGCACAGUCUACUCAGAUGACGAGGAUAUGUUAUUUGAAGGCCCAACGGAAUCCUCUUUCGUAUUUAGCAUCACAGAAGGAACCCCUUCUCCACGAUCACAGAAAGGCAAAGAAGGAUUGCUACCCUCCAAGUAUAAGCCCCGCGAUUCUGGUAUCGUCCUCAGCGACGAUGAGUCGAUUCCUGCGCGAAAUUCGGCGUUAAGCGGGAGUUCGAGCUCUAUUUACUCAGAUAAUGACAACGGCGAUGAUCUGGUUACACCUGGAAUCGUGCCUGGUGCAUUUUCCGGUUGGCCAAGGAUCUCAGGCGUCGACGACGCGCAUCUUCAUUCAUUCAAUCAAUCCCAUCCAUAUCAAUAUUUUGAUCAUGACGAGGACGACGUCGACGCAUUCAUCUUACGUACCCUAGAGGCAGGUGGAAAACCUUCUGCAGCCGAAGGCAAGAAGCCCCCUGGAACGCCCGUGAAGAAGCUCAAGAGCCACUUUGGACUGGAUGGUGGGCGCCCAUGGCAGAGCGCUGUUGCGUCGAAGAUUGGGUUCUCAUUUGAUAGUGCAGAGGGAGGAAAGGGGAAUGCGAAUGCGAAGAAGCCACGGAAGAGUUUGCCUGCUGCAUUUCCUCUCCCGCUUGGGAAAGGUAAUAUCGUGAUAACCAAGACUGGUGGAUCGGAUACUGAAGAGGAUGACGAAACUAUAAGUCCCAGUUCGAGGAAGCAGUACAAGGGUCUCGGACUUGGGCGUCCUGCUGGGAGGUGGCUCAUGCGCCGCAGCAGCAGUGGGGCGUUCUCAAGUGGGGAAAGCACAAGUGGCACGCCCACAAGGCGAAACAUUAAUCUUAAAGAUUGGCCAAUGCCUACAGCUCGUACUUUGACCGUGGAGACCACGGGUUCACGCUCAAGCUCGAAUAGCUCCGUGAUCUCAUUGAACUCCCCCACGAUCGCGCGGCAUUUGCCCUCAAAAACAUCUGCUACUCAUUCGCAUUCUCCGCUUGGACCACGGUCACGGAAGAUGUCUGUUAUCGAGCAUGCGAGGAACGUCUCGGACGCUGGCCGUUUCGAGAAGGAGUUUGUUGAGGUCGAGCAGGUUGGGAGCGGGGAGUUUGGGAAGGUCAUUAAAGUGCGCGCUAAGAUUGGGCGCGGGCUUGAGGAUACGGUGUGGGCUGUCAAACGAUCAAAGCCAUUUGAAGGUCCUCGACAUCGCCUGCGACUACGAGAGGAAGUAGAUAUAUUGGCACAUCUGUCGGCGCGGGGCGCUCAUCCGAACGUACUGACGUACGUUGACAGUUGGGAGCAAGAUGACGCGCUUUUUAUACGCACGGAGCUCUGCGAGCUUGGUAAUUUUGCGAGAUUCUUGUGGGAGUACGGGCGGGCCUUUCCGCGCCUGGACGAGGCGCGGGUGUGGAAGAUAAUGGUGGAUUUGAGUAACGGUCUGUGUUUCAUCCAUGAAGCAGGGAUCAUCCAUCUAGACCUCAAGCCGGCAAAUAUCUUCCUCACUCGCGAAGGCCGAUUUAAGAUUGGGGAUUUUGGAAUGGCCUCGGUAUGGCCCCGACCCGGGGGCGCGUUCGAACGCGAGGGGGAUAAGGUGUACCUCGCGCGGGAAGUUCUACAGGGAACAUACGGCAAGGCUGCCGAUAUUUUCAGUCUUGGGAUGACGAUGCUAGAAACGGCCACAAAUAUCGUUGUGCCUGAUCAGGGAGAUGGAUGGCACAAGCUACGGCAGGAGGAUUUCAGCCAGAUGGAUCUGGAUGGGAGUCCGGAGUUGUUUGCGUUGAUCAAGAGCAUGAUGCGGACUGAUCCUGCUAGACGUGUUGAUGUGCAGGCUGUUUGCGCGCAUGCUAUUGUAAGCCGAGCCCGCGCGGCUAUGGAACGCACGUACGAGGCAGCGAAACGGGAUGGUACCUCGCUGUUCGCUGCGUCCCCACUUGCAGGUGUUUCCAAUACGUUCUUGGAGGAGAUCCUUGGCCAUGACUGCGACGACAUGGACCUAAGUCCAUGAGAACCGAACUAGCGACGACGGAACGUCAUACCCGGAUGGAAGAACCCCUCAAAAUGUGAAAUUUUGGUUGUACGUUUCUUGGGACCUUGUUUGCCAGUAUAACAUAUUAGCUUGCGAUCUUGCUUAAGGACGCAAUUCAUCGAGCGCCCACCCACACCCCACACUCACCGCACGAUAUCUAUGAGUACCUCACGUCCUCCACCCAUCCAUAUAUUGAUAUACCUACCACGCACAUGAUCUGUUUUACCACAUUCUAGGGCUCGAAUGUGAAUUGGUACUAAGGGAUUUGUUAUGCAUAGCGAUAAACCGUAACCCAUACAUAGUUGAUAAUAUUAAGAUUUUUAUGCGCAAUAUGAUAGUUUUUUUUUUGUUCUAGGCCGUC